GAUUGGCGGAGGCCGUCAUAUGACCGGUCACGUGCUGGAGGCAAGCUCCGUCCAAAAGAAAAUGGGGUUUGGUGUAAAUCUGGGGGUGUAAUGUUACCAUAUAUCACGCUACCUCGUAAAACCGACACGGGAGCCUGCCGGACAACAAAUCACAGGUCAAAAUUAUGAGUUCUUCGUAUUAUGUGAAUGCGCUUUUUAGCAAAUAUACGGCGGGGGCUUCUCUGUUCCAAAAUGCAGAGCCGACUUCUUGCUCCUUUGCCACCAACUCUCAGAGAAGCGGCUACGGACCGGGCGCGGGCGCCUUCGCUUCCUCCGUGCCCGGCGUGUACAAUGUGAACAGUGCCAUUUAUCCGGGGCCCUUCUCGUCCGGAUACGGCCUGGGCUCAGACGCCUACAACCUGCACUGCUCGUCCUUCGACCAGAAUAUCCCGGUCCUCUGCAAUGACCUAGCGAAAGGCAGCUGUGAGAAAGCCGAGGCGAGCGCCCUGCACAGCCAGGCAGACACCAAUUUCCGGAUAUACCCUUGGAUGAGGUCUUCAGGGGGGGGUGUUCUCUCGUGCCUGAUACUGUUCGCAGGUCCGGAUCGCAAGAGGGGCCGCCAGACCUAUACCCGCUACCAGACCCUGGAGCUAGAAAAGGAGUUCCAUUUCAACCGCUACCUGACCCGGCGGCGGCGCAUCGAGAUCGCCCACGCCUUGUGCCUCACCGAGAGGCAGAUCAAAAUCUGGUUCCAGAAUAGGAGGAUGAAGUGGAAGAAAGAACACAAGGACGAGGGAUCUGCCGCCCCGGCCGCCGCCGAGAGCGCCUCGACCACCCCUUCGGCUGGGAAAGUGGAAGAGGAAGAAGAGGAGGAGGAGGAGGAAGAGGAGGAGGAGGAAUGAGGCUGGAGCUGAAAGAAGCCCGAGCCGCCCAGCCGAGCUGUGGAGUCUGAGAGAUGCACGUGACAGUCGGAAAAGCGUCUUUAAGAGACUUAUCCGUUUUAUUUUUAAAAAAGAAAAAGAAAAAAAAAAAUCUUCCCCAGUCAAUCCUCACCCCCACCCCACCCCCAAACCUUCCUCCCUUCUAGCUCAGCUCCUAAGACUGGCGGUGCUGAGGUAUCCAGGAAGGCCGAGGUAUCUAGUCUAUUCUUCCUCUUCCCUUCCCCUGCCCCCUCUUUCUCCUCCCUGGGUCCCUUGGAGUUUCCUAGCUGAGUUCCUCUACCCUGAGCCCGCACAGGCCCGGGCCCCCCUGCCAAGUCGGUGCCCUCGGCCCCGUGGCUGCUAUCCCUACCCCUGGCCGAGGGAUCCCGACGGGUACACAGCGCUGGCGCUCAGAGAAACUACCUAACAGAGUCCUUGGGCUCGGUCACCCCCCUGAUGAAGAGGGCAAGGGCGUCCAAGCGCCCACCAAACUACCUAAUUAUGCCAACCCAGAGCUCUGGGGGCUUCCGUUUCACAAUUCAGAAUCGUCUCUUUCAUUUUCCUUCCUGAAAGGGCAAUAAGAGCAAAGGUGGGGAAGGAGGAGACGUUCUGACAACUCACAAAAACACAAUUACACAAAUACACACACACCUAGACAACCACUACACUCCAGCAAUGAGCUGUACUACCUAUCUGAUUUCCAAACUACCUAUUUUUUUGCUUCACCUACCUAGCUCCUUCAUUAAGACUGUACUUUAGAAAUCCGAGAAGGAUUAGAUGCUAAAGAUGACUGACAAAAAAAGAAAAAAAAAAAGAAAGAAAGAAAAAAGAAAAAGAAAAGAAAAAAAAAGAAAAAGAAAAAAAGGGAAAAAAGUAUAAUAUUUUCAAAAAAAGCUUUUAGUCCACUUGACUGGAGCGCUUCUUCGUAGCUUGGGCAGAGAACUGGGGACCAGGGCUCAGUGGCUUCUAUUUAAAUUGAAAAUGAUAAUAAUAAUAAUAAUAAUAUAUUUAUUCCAAAGCGAUUCUAAAUGAAAUCAUAUGCUGCAAACUGGCUUUCCUCUCCUUGUCUGACCAUUCCGAGUGCAGAAGAAAAUACCUCCGCUUUGGGGGAGGAGGCAAGGAGGGCACCCUUUUCCCCUCGACUGGCACCCCAUUAGGCUUCUGCUUGGCCAGCCUUCCAAGGGCUGCAAUAUCCUCUGAACCAAGUUUCUGGCGAAAGUGACCAUUCCCUGUCCCCCGUACUUAUAUACACCUUAUCCUUACCCUUCUCACCUCUCCACCCCGCUCUGUGUCUUGCCCCUCACCUAGUGUUUAAUAUUGCUGCCCUGACUUUUCCUACGAUAACAAAUCCUGUAUAUAUUGAGUUUUGGGGGCCAUUUAUUUUGUCUUGAAGCUUAUUUGUAAUACCUUGCCCUGACUCGGGAAGGCUGUCUGUCAUUCAUUGGGAUACCUUUGUAGAGUGGUGUUUUGUUGCUAACUCCCAUAGCGAGGCAAGCGGGUAGGGCAGCUCUAACGCCCUGUGGAGGCUGCCCAGUCUCGGUCUCGGCCUCUGUCCCUAACCCCGUCUCUGGUGUUCCCUCGUGUUCCCGUCAACUUUGGCUCUGCCGUCCACGUAGGUCUUGAGAGUCCCAACUGUGUGUGUGUGAACUCCGUGGAGGUGACUGUUCCAGUCUCGCCCCCACCAAAUGUGGUUUAUGUUACAUAGAAAAAAUAAAAUAUAUGCUUGGUGACAAUA